AUUUUCUCAAUGCGAGAAUUGUUUUGUUAAGUUGUGAGCAGCCACACAAACGCGAGGUGUCACUCCCUUAAAAUUAACGAAAUCAAAACAAAUUGAUAUAAAAGGAUGCAAAAAGCGUCCCAUAUCGCGCGAAACGAUUCCCAAGAAAAUAUUCCCCCAACCGUGAACAUGAAGAGGCGUACUUUAUCGGGUAACUCCGGCGUUGGUGUAUUUGUGCUGGCAUUUGCGUUAAUAGUCAUAGCAUUCGCCACACCUAGUUGGCUUGUGAGCGACUAUCGCAUAACUGGCGCUAAAUUGGAUCGUCUUGGAUUGUGGGUGCAUUGUUUUCGUUCACUGCCAGAUGUCAACGAUGACAAUCAACGCAGGUUCUUCGUUGGGUGUCGUUGGGUCUAUGAUCCUUUCACGACAGGCUAUGAUGAGAUACGUGGAUUUCUGAUGCCUGCAUUUAUGAUUGUGACACAGUUUUUCUAUACGAUAGCGUUUAUUGGUAUGUUAAUAUCUGGAAUUGCUGUUUUGGUGUUUAUAUUGUGUGCUGGACCGGACCAGAAACAUUUUAUAACGCUCAUAAAAUCGCUAGGAUUCGUACAGCUUGGAACUGGUAUUAGUGCAUGUAUAGCUGUUAUAGUGUUUGCUUGUUUUGGAAAUCGCAAUGGCUGGAUGCCUGAACAUGCCAACAACUGGUUUGGUUGGUCAUUCGUAUUUGCAUGUGUUGGCUCGGUGUUAUCCUUGGUAGCUGGUGUGCUAUUUCUAACUGAAGCCAAUGUGCAGGAACGAAAACGAAGGCAGUUUAAAGCUUCACAAACGCGUUUCGAAUUGGUCCAUGGAAAUGCCUAGUGUUGGUCUACUUCCAUCGAGGAAUUAACUCUUAUAAGUAAGAAGAGAAGGUAUGGUGUGCAAACACAACUAUAAUAAGCGACAAUAGAAUUGGUAACAUAAAAAAAAACAAAUUUUUAAUUCGAAUAAUGGAAAAUUUUAUUGAAAUUACUGCACUUUAAAAAUGACUAAGAGCAGUGUAGGAUUUCAGCAGAAUUUUCUCAGUAUUUUAUACAAGCCGUCCCUAAAUUUUAUUAAUAUUUAAAAGAACAAUUUUUUAUAAAUAAUUUUAGAAUAUAUAAAUACUACUAAGUAGAAGUGGAGGAAUAGUCGUAAGUUUAUGCAAUUCUAAUGAAAACAAUAUAUAUUAAAAACUGCUGCUGCAAGUAAAAGCCUAAAGCCUUAAAGUAAUAACAACCAUAGACUCAGUUGGUACUUAUUUAAUUAAACAAACUAUAGAGCGGAGUUCUCAUAUAUCAAAGACUGACUGAUUUUAUAGCACAACGAAUCAAAGCGCUACAAUAAAUGCAAUGUUCUGAAGCUCAAAUAAUUUUUUAUAUAUUUUCAUAUAAUUUUAAUAAUUUACAUAUCCAUAGUCCAUAGUCUUCAAAUGUUUUGAUAUGCAAAAAAGAAAAAAUGUUUGCAUAAAAGUUCACGUCAUGAGGUCAAGUACUCAAUUUUUUUUGUGUCAAUGAAUAACCAUUAUUAACGAUAUAAGUACUUGGCUCCAUUCUGCAAAUAAAUAUAAAAAGUUAGAAUUAAAUAAAUUCUAAAUAAAUUCUAAUAAAUCUAUUAAGCAAAUAAUGAAAAACUUACUCGAUUCUAAAUUGAAUCUCAAUUAAAGUUCGCAUUAAUAUCUUGACUAUAUCGUCUUCCUACACCUAACGAUAGCGUGGUUGCGUGCAAGACAUUAACUUUAUUUUAACUAAUAUAUAUUAUAUACAUACAUACAUGUUAGUAUAUAAUGUAUAUUGUUUUUGUUUACAAGUCUAUUGUGCCUUAAGUAGAAAUUCACUGUUAGUAUUAGAAAAAUCCGUUGUAGACGAAAACUAGUGUUGCACGCAAUAUAUUAAUGCUUACACUACCUACCAUGACAAAUUGCAUAAACUUUCACUAAUUUAGUUAUGUAAGAUUAAAAUGUCUGUAACACAAUUAGAGGGAACAUCGGUGACAAAUAGCUUUAAACACUUAAGAUGCUUAUAAUAGUAGAGAAGACUGUUGGUGUUAUCUCUAACAGUUGGAGUCUCUAAUAUUAUACGAGUUAAUCAAAGUUCGGAUUGUUAUGAUCUAAGUUUGGAUGUAACGAUGUUCGAGAAAUUCGAAUUAACUCUAAUUCAAACAUUUAGAUCGAACUCUAACUGUGGUAGUUACUGGAAGGUCUUUGAGUUGCUUGUAGAUCUUCAAGUUGCUUGAAGAUAUUCGACCUAUUUGAAUAGCUUAUAUGCCCAAUAUUUUAAUUCUUUUUUUUGUUUUAUAUAAAAAAUAUAAGGCCCGUGUUAUGUAAAAUGGAAAUUGGCUCUUUCGUGCUUAAACGCAAAUGCAUUUUAUACAUAGUAUGACAUCCGUUUUUCAAUUUCGUAUUUUUACUAUUACUUUUCUACUUGUUGGGUGUGCCUAAAUGUUAAAGGAAAUAUAUAAUACAUACUUAUAUAAAUUACGGCUUUGAUUGAAUGACGAGACAUAGAUAACUACGGCUCUCAUUUCCGAAUUUAAACUGGCAUUUCUUUUUUUCUCUCAAUCUCAUUUCCAUUGAAAGGUGUGUGAAGAACACCGUGAUGUUGAGCCUACACGGCAGGGAAUCACGUAAAACUAUGGACCUUCCAUUGAAAGCAACAACAGUUUUGGUUCUGACAUGCCCGUGAUACUUUUUAUAACAUGCACAAAAUAGUGUUCGAACAUUUUCGAAGUUCUAAUCAAUAAAUUAAAAAAUGAAACAUAAAAGAUAUAAACAUUUUCGAAUAUUAAACCGAAAUCCUGCUAGCGUUUUUGAUUUACCAAAAAUGCACAAUAGAUCUAUUCAGGACGCAGUGGCCUUUCUGGCCCCUAAUAAUAAUAGCAAUAGCAAUUUACCGAAUGUUAAUACAUGGUAUAUAGGGUAUAUUUUACUCGGUAAUUAUUUUCAAACGAUAAGCACAUGACGUAUUUAUUUAUUUUUUGAUAUGUACAAUAUAAUAAUUAAUAUAAAGUAAAUCAAAGAAUUUCAUUCACAAUGAUUUGGGUUACAGUGAUCGAUCUAAAUGUCUGAAUUCGAAUACCACACCAUUAACAGUGCGUUUACACUAACUUUAUACAAAAUAGUGCUAAUAAUAUACAAUAAUUUUAAAUUGUAAUUAUUAUUAGAGAAUACUAAGUCUAUUGUACUAACUCAAUUUAUCGAAUCAAUCCUUAGUACAAUGAAUGGUUUUGUAUUGUCCCAUAUGUUAUAUAGAACCACAUUUCUAUUCUCAAGGUAGACAAAUCUACUACAGUACAGUUUCAAUUAUUCACAAAGAAUAAAGUGUAAACAUAGUAUAACGCAAUUAGUGACACACUUAAUGACGAUAACCUAUCAGUUCUUAAGAUGUUUACAAUAAUCAAUAAUGCCGAUGUGCCCAUUAGUAGUGUUGCAGUUUUACAUAUCAUUUAUUCAUAUAAGUAAAAGACAUUUAAGUUCAAACUUUAUUACAAAUAAUUACAAAUAAAUUUUUAUAUUAAAUUAUAAAUUAUAAAUGCACUUUAAUGCAUGCAAAAUAUUGCCAAGUUUAAUUAUUAAAAUUUCUACGUCCAUUAAUGUACAAACGCUAAAAUGACAAAAACGAAGAAUCUUUACAUUCCAAUAUAGUAUCUUAUAAUUGUUGUUAACUUUAAAGUAAUUUUUUUUAAAUAUUUUAUAUAAAAACGAAAUGUUAAGCUAAAUUAAGUAAUACUUAACGAAACCGAAGCCGUCCAUUGUUGUUCAAUAAAUUUUAUCAAAUA